ACGACAAGGCGGGGGCGCUGGCCGCGCUGCUGCUGCAGCUGAAGCUGGAGCUGCCGUUCGACCGCGUGGUCACCAUCGGCACGGUGCUGGUCCCCAUCCUGCUGGUCACCCUGGUCUUCACCAAGAACUUCGCAGGUGAGGGGCGCGUCCGCGGAGCCCGCUCCUGUGUCGCGACAAACCGACCCUCGCCCCUACAUGCCCCCACCCCCCGUGCACACGCGUAUUGUUUCCAUCUUCCAUUCGCUUCGGAGAGCACCCCGGGAUUCCCGCAUCAAUGAGCCCUGGGUGUGGCGCGGAGGGCAGACGGGUGGGAGGGGCUGGAACUGAUGGAGGAGGAGUGGCCAGGUGAGCGCCCCGCUGUCCAUGCCCGGGCUCGCGGGUUCCUGUCCGCGAGGGUGUGGUCUGGGCAGGAGAAUCCGGGAGGGUCCGCCAGAGACCCCAAAGCAGGCAGGGCCUGCUAGAGCCCUGAGCUGAGGACGGCGGCGGGGGAGGUCCCAGCAGGAGGCUUGUGCAGAGGAACCUAUUUACUGUUACACCCCGCACAACUUCACCCGAGACCAGGCGCUGUAUGCCCGCGGCUACUGCUGGACGGAGCUGCGGGACGCGCUGCCCGGCGUGGACGCCAGCCUAUGGCCGUCGCUGUUUGAGCACAAGCUGCUGCCCUACUCGCUGCUGGCCUUUGCGGCCAUCAUGUACGUGCCUGCCCUGGGCUGGGAGUUCCUGGCAUCCACGCGCCUCACCUCCGAGCUCAACUUCCUGCUGCAGGAGAUCGACAACUGUUACCACCGGGCGGCCGAGGGCCGGGCCCCCAAAAUCGAGAAACAGAUCCAGUCCAAGGGGCCGGGCAUCACGGAACGCGAGAAGCGGGAGAUCAUCGAGAAUGCGGAGAAGGAGAAGAGCCCGGAGCAGAAUCUGUUCGAGAAGUACCUGGAGCGCCGAGGCCGCAGCAACUUCCUGGCCAAGCUGUACCUGGCGCGGCACCUGCUCAUCCUGCUGCUCAGCGUGGCGCCCAUCUCCUACCUGUGCACCUACUAUGCCACGCAGAAGCAGAACGAGUUCACGUGUGCGCUGGGCGAGUCCCCCGACGGGCAGGCAGGCGGUGCGGGGGCCACGGCCGUGAGGGUGAGCUGCAAGCUGCCGUCGGUGCAGCUGCAGCGCAUCGUGGCCGGCGUGGACAUCGUGCUGCUCUGCUCCAUGAACCUCAUCAUCCUCAUCAACCUCAUCCACCUCUUCAUCUUCCGCAAGAGCAACUUCAUCUUCGACAAGCUGCACAAGGUGGGCAUCAAGACGCGCCGGCAGUGGCGCCGUUCCCAGUUCUGUGACAUCAACAUCCUGGCCAUGUUCUGCAACGAGAACCGUGACCACAUCAAGUCGCUCAACCGGCUGGACUUCAUCACCAACGAGAGCGACCUCAUGUACGACAACGUGGUCCGGCAGCUGCUGGCCGCGCUGGCCCAGUCCAACCACGACACCACGCCCACGGUGCACGACGCUGGCGUGCAGACGGUGGACCCCAGCGCCAACCCCGCCGAGCCCGAGGCCUCCGCCGAGCCGCCUGUGGUCAAGCGGCCCCGCAAGAAGAUGAAGUGGAUCCCCACCAGCAACCCACUGCCCCAGCCCUUUAAGGAGCAGCUGGCCAUCAUGCGAGUGGAGAACAGCAAGGCCGAGAAGCCCAAGCCUGUGCGCCGGAAGACGGCCACCGACACACUAAUCGCACCGCUGCUAGAUGCGGGAGCCCGGGCUGCCCACCACUAUAAGGGCAGCGGGGCCGGUGGGGGCGGGGGCGACGCUACGGGCCCACCCCCAGCCCCUGACAAGAAGCAUGCCCGCCACUUCUCUCUGGAUGUGCACCCCUACAUUCUGGGCACCAAGAAAGCCAAACCUGAGGCUGUGCCUGCUGCAGCCCUACCUGCCUCCCGGAGCCAAGAAGGGGGCUUCCUGUCCCAGGCGGAGGAGUGUGGCCUGGGCCUGGCUGCGGCACCCACCAAAGAUGCUCCGCUGCCUGAGAAGGAAAUCCUGUAUCCAGUAGAGCCGUCCCGGCCUGCCCUUCCCUCCCUCCCCUCUGGGGGCCCGUUUCACGUCUGCUCGCCCCCUGCGGCCCCUGGCACCACUCCCCUGUCACCAGCCAGCCUGGGCAAAGCUGAUCCCCUGGCCAUGCUGAGCCGCAAUGCCACUCACCCUCUGCUACACAUCAGCACCCUGUAUGAGGCCCGGGAGGAGGAGGAUGGGGGUCCCCGCGCACCUCCGGACGUGGGCAGCCUUAUCACCAUCCCUCCGCCCCAGCAGAUCCUCAUCGCCACCUUCGACGAGCCAAGGACAGUAGUGAGUACUGUGGAGUUCUGAGGGGACAGGGCUGCCCAGCUGUCACAGGUCCUUCUGCAUGACUGCGGUGUGCCUGCUGACCCCAGACCCAUAGACAUGGCCUCUGCUUCGCCCGGCACACCCCACCCCCAACCUCCUGCCCGCAUGCCAUGGGGCUCAGCGCCUCUCCCAUCCAGCCUCCCCAUUGGCACCAUCGGGGCGCUGGCUGGGGCAGGAGCUGGCUGAACACCCCGUGGAGGCCCCGGCAGGAAAGGUCUCGAGCCCCCCCGCCACCCCUGCAUCAGGCGCUCGGCUGCAAGAUUAAGAGUUUUAUUUUUUUAGUUGAUUUUUGUGUUGGGCUCAGGACACUGGCCUGUGAGGGGCCAGGCUGUAGCAGGACAUCUUGGGUCCUGAGCCUGGAAGGAGUCUGGGGGACAAUGGCAGCUCAGGGCCUGGCCACUCCCAAGGGGUGAAGGGCUCACCACCCUCAGGGGGAUCAGGAGCCCUCGGGUGGGAGAGGCCAGGGCCCACCCUCCAGCCAGAGAAAAACAUGCACUUUCUCCUCGUACCCCACAGACCCAGACUUUAUUUUAUUAUAACUACUGUAACUAGCAAGUAUAUUUAUUACCAGGAGACUUAUGAUGCAUUUCAAACAAAGGACGGUGUGUGCUUGAUCGUGCAAACGUGACCAUGAGGGCUAGGGGCCGGUGUGUUAGUGGUGGGGGGGGGGUGAGUGUGCCAGCACGUGUGUGAGCAGGUGUGAGCAGGUGAGCGUGUGCGUGAGAGCAGAGCUAGUGUGGGCAUGUAUGUGAAUGUGUGUGAGCAGACUCGGGUGAGACCAGGCACAGGUACUGUGUGCAAGCAAGAAAGAGAAGGGAGAAGUCCGACGCAAUAACCACAUCCCCACACCCUGGGCCCCAGGCCCCCACGCCCGGGCUCACGUGUCUCCCUCGGGAGCCCAGGGCCAGCGUGUGGCCGGCCCGUCCCUAUUACCUCAGCCACAACGACAGUGUGACAGUAUUAACAAGGUAGCACCGAGCAUAUCAAUAAAUAUUAUUCUGAUAACA